GUCAGAUUUGUGUGAUGUUUUACCUUCAAUGAGGAGGUGUCUGUCACAUUUUUACCAUGCUGGACAUGAAAGUAAGAAAGAAGCUGGCAAGGAAAUGUGUUUUUUGUUCCCCCUCUCAGUCUUCGGUCUGCCAGAACCUCCCACCCGCAUGCCGCCAGACUCAGGUUGUCACUGCCUCCUCCUCUUCCCAUCUCAUGUCCAGAGCAAACAAUAUUAUCACACCCCUAUUAGGAUGGCAAUGAGGACCACCAAAACAAUCCCUUGCUUUUUUUUGAAUGUAUAAAAGUUUUGAAGAAACACACUGUACCUGAAACAACGGGAAUUGCAAGGAAAGUGAAGGGGAUGCCUGGAAUUAAAUUAAUAUGUCUAAUCAAAGUAAUUUUCUCAAGCAAACCCAUAUAUAAUUCAUUCAAAAUUCAAAUUCCUUGACCUUUACUUUAGAAAUUGGAUGAACCUACGAGAUGCUGAUACGGGAAAGGUCCUUUGGCAAGCCAGUGAAGACUUGUUAAAUGAAUUUGACAGGUCUCAUCCUGGAAUGGAACAUGAAGCCAGAGUACCAAAAAAAAUCCUCAAAUGUCGAGCUGUAUCCAGGGAGAUUAACUUUUCUUCAGUUGAACCCAUGGAAAAAUUCAGACUUGAACAGAAAGUUCUCUUCAAGGGACAGUGCCUGGAAGAGUGGCUGUUUGAGUUUGGCUUUGUUAUCCCCAAUUCCACCAACACAUGGCAGAGCAUUAUUGAAGCUGCACCUGAAUCUCAGAUGAUGCCUGCCAAUAUCCUCAACGGGAAUGUGGUGAUUGAGACCAAAUUCUUUGAUGAUGACCUCCUAGUCUCCACCUCAAAUGUGCGGCUCUUCUACAUCUGAUCUCAUUGCUUUCAUGUCCCACCAGGGCCUCAACCUCCCAGUGUUCACUCAGGAUGGAUAGAGAUCAUCUGAGCAUUCACAAGAUGAUGCCUCUCACUGUGAAUCUUAUGGCUUCAUACCACAAUUUCCCUUUUCCAUUUCUGAUUAUCAUUUAACCUUGUACUGCCUGUGAUUCUAGUCAUUUUCACUGACUGAAAUGAACUGCAGACAAUCCUUUGCUUACAGGAUUACAGUAUCAAUCCCAAAGUUUCUUGUUUGUAUUUGAUGCCUCUUGAACUAUUUCAUCCAGUCUUCUUUGGCUAUUUUUACUUGUAAGUUUUCCAAUCAUCUGGCAAAAGGUGUCAAGUUCAACUUCUUCACUAAACAGAGACACAAACCCUAGGGGCACAGUACUGGAU